CAUGUUCUGUUAAGUACCUUCCAUUCAACGCUAUCCUAGGUUUACAUGUCUUUGAAGCCAUUCAAUACACAAGAAACUACUUACAAGAGCAUAGAUUUAUGGCUACUGCGAGCCCAACUUCAACCUACGAUCGAUUGAAGGAAGUGAAAGAGUUCGACGAAUCCAAAAUCGGAGUUAAAGGUCUCUCCGAUUCCGGUAUCACUACCAUCCCUCGCAUCUUCGUUCACCCUCCGGAGACCCUCUCCGAUCUUAAGCCCAACUCCUCCAAACCAUGUGCUAACAUUCCCGUCAUCGACUUAUCUAACAAAGACUCCCCUACUCACCGUCUAGAAGUUGUUAACCAAAUCAAAAACGCUGCAACGACAUGGGGUUUCUUUCAGUUAAUCAACCACGGAGUACCUAAGUUAGUACUUGAGGAAACCAUUCGAGCUAUUAAGGACUUUCAUGAGAUGCCACAUGAAAUCAAAGCGAAAUACUACAAACGGGAUGAGAUGCGGGGUGUCACGUACUAUAGCAACAAUGACUUGUACCGAGCGAAGGCAGCUAGUUGGCAUGAUGCACUGAGCGCGUGGAUGGGGCCAUCUCCCCUGGACGUGGAGGAGCUUCCGGAGAUCUGUAGAAAUGAGGUUGUUGCUUGGGAGGCAAAUUCCAAAACGGUGGCGGAGACGGUGAUGGAGUUGUUGAGUGAAGGGUUGGGAUUAGAAGCCGGUAAGUUUAAGGAGCUGACCUUCAGUGAGGCCAGAGUUUUUUCCGGAAAUUUUUAUCCCUACUGUCCGCAGCCGGACCUGACGAUGGGGUUAACGUCGCAUACGGACCCCGGAGUGUUGACGGUGCUAUUGCAGAAUCAGAUUCUGGGUUUGCAGGUUAGGCACGAAGAGGAGUGGGUGGACGUCAAUCCUGUACCUAAUGGUUUGAUUAUCAACAUUGGCGACUUUCUUCAGGUAAUUCCGAGAAAAGAAGGGAAAAAAAUAAUUUAGAAUUUUAAUUUUCGUGCUAAACAAAUAAUAUUAAAAGAGUUUGGCUAUU